GCAUGCGUCAGUUUCUUAUCAUUGUCCUGCUUUUCACACUCGGCAGCCAUGUCUGGGAAUCCAUUGAAAUUUUGCAUUUUCCUUUCACUGAUUGGAGGAGUGGCAUUACAAGAUUUGUGUCACACAAAUUAUGGAGGAACCUGCGUUAAUUAUUACUUUAAUAACUGCCUGUCCGGCUACUCCUAUACCAGGAGUGGGUGUGGCUUUCAAGAAAUGUGCUGCAUUCCUCCAAAGUUUCAAUUAACUCCGCCAAUUCACCCAGGUCAGUGUGGAUUAAGUACACCUAUAACGACACAUCAAUAUAAAAUAGUGGGAGGCACAAGGGCUAAACCUGGCGAAUUCCCUUGGCAGGUUUCAAUGAGAUCAAAUGGACAUCACGUGUGCGGAGGAAUACUUAUAGCUGACCAAUGGGUUCUCACAGCUGCUCACUGCUUCAAUGAGAACAAAAACCCAAGAGCUUGGACGGUAGUAGUGGGAGAAAAUGACCGGGCUGUGCUGGAGGGGCACGAAAUCCUAGAGAAGGUGGACACACUAUUCGUCCACUCCCACUAUAGCCAAAGUCAGUACUUCAACGACAUCGCUAUGUUAAAAUUGGGGAACCCUGUUCCCGCCUUUACAGAAUACGUCAGACCCGUCUGUCUCCCGUCAGCCAAUGAGAGUUACGAUGGAAUGAUUUGUACCGUGACCGGUUGGGGCGCUGCGUAUAGCGGCGGCCUUGGCACACGUGGCCUUUAUAAAGCAAACGUUCCUCUGAUCUCCAAUUCAGUGUGUUCAUAUCUAAUGGACAAAACCAUUCCAGCUACGGAAGUGUGUGCUGGGAGAAAACAUGGUGGCGUUGACUCGUGUCAGGGGGAUUCGGGAGGCCCGAUGGUGUGUAUCAAAGACGGUGUCUGGAAAAUCGUGGGUAUCGUGUCGUGGGGGUACUCCUGUGCCGAGGCCUACCAGCCGGGGGUGUACACCCGUGUCUCCGCCUACCUCGACUGGAUCCAGUCCGUCCUGGCGUAUUACGGGGGCCCCUCCGGAUCCGCUCCAGUGGUGGGGAAAAGGGGCGUGGUCCAAUAUCCAUAAACACGCUGUUAUGGAUCUUUUGUAGAUUUAAUGGCUUGUAUUUUGAAAUUAAAAUUGAUU